UUACCUGUAGUUGAACUUCAUCAUCGGGCACAUUCACAUGAAAUAAAAUCUCUUGGAAUUAAAAAUUUCAUUCUCAUCGACAGUUUUGCUAACAAGCUGCAUUAGUAAACAGUCCCUCGGUAAAGAGUCACUCGGCCAUUCUUCAAGCUUUUGCAUUUGCAACCUUUUCAUCGACUUGUUUUCAAUUUUUGUGCUUUUCAUUGAUUCAAAUAUGAAAAUUAAUUGUUUAUUAAAUUGUUUUAACCAUUGGACUUUAUUCAUUUAAAUUGUUGGACUCUUCAAGCCUCCAAACCAAUUAUCCCAGCCAUCUCUAACCUCCACUCUGUGACCAUCAUACAUUGUAAGAUUUGUUCAAAUGGAAUCAAACUGCGACUCUUCUUUGUGAUUACCAUUAAUUGUUUUGUUUUUAUUAAUUUAUGUUAGUUUAAUUAUCAUUUCAUCAAUCAUCUUCUCUAUUACUUUCAAAGCUUACCUGUCAAGAUUGUGACUUUGUACUUUCAAUAAAGUGGUAACAUCAAGAAAAAAAAAGAAAUACCAUCAAGCGAAACAAUCGACACUGGUUAUCACUUGGACAUCUCUCGGGUCAUUCUUGUCUGUGUUGCCUUCACUGUUAGACCGUGACCAUUCCAGUGACUUUUUUAUCUUUCAUCACUCAUCACUCAUCAUUAUCAUCAUCUUAUGAGUUGUGCAUCUUAGUUGUUGUCAUCUUUACCCAUUGAGAACCACAAUAGACCCAAACAAUCAACCAAAAUUCAAGUUAAAAACCAAGUUCACUUGAAUCUGUACCAUAAUCAAACUGGUCAAAUCAUUGACUUUUUUUCAUAAUCUUGACAACCAAGGAAAUAAUUUGACAACCAUUUUCUCACUCAAUUUAAUCAUCAUUUUGACCAUCAUUUUCUAACCGUUACCAUUAAAUUAUUCAAUUACAAUGAUUGUUAUGAAAUUUUGGACUAUUACCUUUAUUACGUUUACUUGGAUAACGCAAAUUCAAUCACAAUUACAACCAAAACAUCAACAACAACGUCAAGGUAAAGGUGUUGGACCUGGACCUUGUAGCCAAGAUGAUAUUAGCUUUGAGUUGAUUACAGGUUUCGUUUAUUCAUCUUCAUCCGAGUCAAUUGCAACCAUUCCAGCGACACUUAAGUUAACCGAUUGCCUGGCUCGAUGUCGAGCCAAUCUAACCUGCCAAUCAUUAAAUUUUGAAACUGGUUUAUGUGUAUUAUUUAGCACCAGUGCAGCCAAUCGGCCAACCUCAUUGAAUAAAUCACAGUUUCCUGUUUUCACCAUUUAUGCCCAGAAAAUAUGCCUUGGUGUUACAAUUGAACCAACCUGCCAAAAAUCAUGGGUCUUUGAAACAGUUCCAGGUCACAUAUUGACUGGUUAUUCAUCUAAAUUGAUGGCUUCACCCUCAAAGCAAGAUUGUAUGAUUAAAUGUUAUUCAGAAACAAGUUUCCAAUGUCGAUCAGCUAAUUACAACAGAGCAACCAGUGAAUGCAGUCUAUCUGAAAUGGAUCGCCAUUCAAUAAUAACGCCUUUCAAUUCAGAUCGACACUUUCGAAGUGCUCCUGGACAAGAGUACAUUGAAAACAAUUGCGUCCAAGAGCCUAAAAAACUUUGCGAUUUUCGACCGAUUCGAGGUCGCUUAUUGAAGACUGUUGACUCUGUUUGGCCAGAGAUUAAAUCGCUGGAUGGUUGUAGGCAGAAAUGCUUGCAAUCAGAGUAUCGAUGUUUCUCCUUUGACCUCAAUGAUCCGGCCAAUAAGGUUUGCCGAACCUCUCAUCUAGAUUCAUCCUCAUCGAAUCACAUAAAAGAUGCUUAUUUCGAGGUUCCUGCAGCCAUUACAUAUGAACUUACUUCUUGUUAUGAUGUUGAUAUUGUUUGUCGAUCUCGUGAUAUGCUUACAAAAGUACGGACAAAUCGUAUAUUUAAUGGUAAAAUUUAUGGCAAAUCAAAACCCAAUUCAUGUGUAAUGGACAUUAAAAACAGCUUAUCGUUUGAAUUGUCAUUGGGUUACAAUGAUGUUGCCUGUGCUGUUAAACGUGACGAUGGAGCCAAAUAUUCAUCUGAAAUUGUACUUCAACAUCAUGAUUUAAUCGUCACAACCAAAGAUCUUGGUUUAUCCGUUCAAUGUUCAUACGAUUUAACCAACAAAACCGUCGUAAAUACAGUUGUCUUUGAAUCAGAUGGGGAAAUAAUUGGAGCUGCUAAAGAUGAACGAUUUGUCCAUUCAUCAAUUGUUGAGGCACCAAAUGUAACAAUUACUGUGACUGAUCGAUUGGGUUCACCGAUACGAACAGCCAAAAUUGGAGAUUUGUUAACAUUGAGAUUUUCAAUUGUCGAUGAACCUUCACCUUAUGAGAUAUUCAUUCGUUCACUAGUUGCCUCUGAUGGUUUGGAUGGCAGUGAAAUUGAACUGAUUGGAGCUGAUGGUUGUCCCAUUGAUAUUGCAGUCAUGGGUCCAAUUUCACGAAUCAAAGGAGCAGCUAAAACUUUGGAAACAACUUUUGAAGCCUUCAAAUUUCCAACCUCUGAUAUUGUCAAUUUUAGAGCUGUUGUAACUCCAUGUUUAGCCAAAUGUCAGCCAAUCCAUUGUUUCUCGGAUGGUUUUGACGGAUCAACUCAGGAAUCUUUUUCUUAUGGUAAAAGACGCAGACGAAGGAGUGUGAAACAGGCUCAAUCUGAUGAAGAUUUAGUGGUAUUACAAUCAAUCAGAAUACAAGAUGCGUUUGAUUUCAAUGAAGGUGCCCGUCAACAGCCAAUCAAAAGAAACGGCCGCUAUGAUAUAAUCAAAGAAUCAAAGAAUCACUCAAAUUUUUCUUCCUCACCAACAACUUCAUUCUCAUCGUUUUCAUGUCUAACCAACACUGGACUCUUAAUGAUAUUUUCAAUACUUUUGAUAACCCAAAUCAUUGUUUUGGCUCUUUGGUCAAUCUUUCGCUGUCCAAAAAAGCCUGACCAAUUUUCAUCAUUGACCCUAACACCAACCCUUUCACCAUCAUCAACACCUUUAGGCUCAUCAGGUUCAUCAUCAUUAUCAUCGUCCCACUAUCGUCACCGUAAAUCGGAUAAAUAUGUCACAAUUCAUCCUUACAAUAAUGGAUCAUCUCUUGCUAGUCAAUUGUAUAUUUUAUCAACUCUGGAUAAUAAUAAAUAUCGAUAGAAUCUGCCAGAUUCUUAGUUUAAUUUUACAAUUAUCGAGUUGACCGUUUUGUGCCAGUUUUGUACUUCACCCUUUGUAACACCUUUAACACCUCAACCAGUUUAGGAUUAACAUAAUGUCUACUUGUAAUGGUUAAUUUGUCUGGUAAAUUAACUAUCCUUCGAUAUUCAAAUGGUUACAUCUUGUAAAUAAUGCAACAAUAGGAGCUAAAAAUGAAUGUAGAGACUGCAACAGAUACUAAAAUUGAUUUGAAUGAUAUCGGAGAUGUACAACGACUGAUAUUGAUAAUCAUGAUAGUUUUUAUUAUAAUUAUGGCCUUAUUGUUUAUCAUCGCUCUCUAUCGAUAUUACUACCAUGUAAAUAACCUUACCACUUCUGUACACUUAAAAACUAAUGAUAUGAAAACGUUAAACAAAAUAAAUAGACGUCAACCAA